CCUCGCCUUCUCCACACACCGUCCUGCACUCCGGACUCCGGACGCCUCCGAGCUAAAGGUGGUGAGCAGCGUCCCUCGAGACUCGCAGCACCGCUCUGCGCUACUUCAGGCAGACUGCUGAGCCGCUGGAAGCGAAGGCCCAUAAUUCACUGCCGCCCGGAUCCCAGGGACCGUCUCUCCUCCCUGGGCUCAGAGGCAGAACUCGUCCUCCUCCGCCCUCGGUCCAAACCUCUCACCGAAGACGAUGACCACGAUGUGACCGCUGGACUCGGUCAGCACCAUGUGACCGGCUGUUAUGGAUCUGAGAAUCAGCAAACAUUGAAUCAACGCUCAUCCAGUCACAAUGGUCCCACUUCUGUUCUUGGUGGCGACCACAACAACUUCCAAUUCCACCGGCAAUGGAAACCAUACACAAGAAGACGUUCCAUCCCCCAGCAACGCCAUCCUCCCCACCGUGCUGGUCCUGUCCCUGCUGCUGCUCAUCAUCGCACUGCUAGCCUGGUACUUCCUCAGGUUAAAAAACCAGACGAAACCAGUUGUCACGACAGUUGACAAGAAGAUACCGAAUGGCAUCCUGGAGGAACAAGAGCAACAGACGGUGGUCCUUCUGCCUCGAUCCCCCUCAACCUCCAAGACCUUCUUCCCCAUCCCGGUGGACCACCUCGAGGACGAGUACCGGCUCCGCUCUGCGGACGACGGCAAACUCUUCAGGGAGGAGUUCAAUUCGUUGCCCGGGGGUAAUGCCCAGGGCACGUACGAGGAGGCCAACAAGGAAGACAACAAGGAGAAGAACCGAUACCCCAACAUCCUCCCCUAUGAUCAUUCCAGAGUGGUGCUGACUCAGCUGGAUGGAAACCUCUGCUCAGACUAUGUGAAUGCCUCUUACAUCGAUGGUUACACGGAAAAGAACAAAUUCAUAGCAGCACAAGGUCCCAAAGAAGACACGCUGGCCGAUUUCUGGAGGAUGAUAUGGGAGAAGAAAGUAGCGACUGUUGUAAUGCUGACGAAUCUGAAAGAAAGGAAAGAGGACAAGUGUUGCCAGUACUGGCCGGAUCAGGGCUGCUGGACCUAUGGGAACGUGAGGGUGGCAGUAGAAGACUUCACUGUCCUGGUGGAUUACACCAUACGCAAGUUCUGUGUACAAUAUCAAGCCAGCGAUGCCGCUAAGACGACGCCGCGGCUGGUGACCCAGCUCCACUUCACCAGCUGGCCUGACUUCGGAGUUCCCUUCUCCCCCAUCGGCAUGCUCAAGUUCCUCAAGAAGGUCAAGGCCGUGAAUCCGCCCUUCGCUGGGCCGAUCGUGGUUCACUGCAGCGCUGGUGUCGGGAGGACAGGAACCUUCAUCGUAAUAGAUGCCAUGAUCGACAUGAUGUACCCCGAGCAGAAGGUUGAUGUGUUUGGGUUAGUCACCAAGAUACGGGAACAGCGCUCGCAGCUCGUCCAGACAGAUAUGCAGUACUCCUUCAUCUACCAGGCCCUGCUUGAAUACUACCUCUACGGAGACACGGAGCUGGACGUGUCUUCUCUAGAAGGACAUCUGCACAAACUCCACAACACCUUUGUAACCGGCGACCGGGUCGGCCUGGAGGAGGAGUUUAAGAAACUGACCAACAUGCGAAUAAUGAAAGAGAACAUGAGAAUGGGGAACCUCCCUGCAAACAUGAAGAAGAACAGAGUUCUGCAAAUUAUUCCGUACGACUUCAACCGGGUUAUCCUCUCCAUGAGAAGAGGUCAGGAGUUCACCGAUUACGUCAACGCAUCGUUCAUCGACGGCUACAGACAGAAGGACUACUUCAUCGCCACACAGGGCCCCCUCCCACACACAGUGGAGGAUUUCUGGAGAAUGGUGUGGGAGUGGAAAUGUCACUCCAUUGUCAUGCUCACUGAGCUCCAGGAGAGGGAGCAGGACAAGUGUUGCCAGUACUGGCCCGCAGAGGACUCGGUCACGUACGGGAAUUACACGGUGGAGCUGAAGGGAGACACUCUGUGUGACACCUUCAGUCUACGAGACUUGGUACUCACCUUUGUCCCGGAGAAGCAGACGCGGGUGAUCAGGCACUUCCACUUCCACGGCUGGCCGGAGAUCGGCAUCCCGGCCGAGGGGAAGGGCAUGAUCGACAUCAUCGCGUCGGUGCAGAGACAGCAGCAGCAGUCUGGGAACCAUCCCAUAGUCGUACACUGCAGUGCUGGUGCAGGGCGAACAGGUACGUUCAUUGCACUGAGCAAUAUCUUGGAGCGAGUCAAGGCCGAGGGUCUGCUGGACGUGUUCCAAACUGUGAAGAGUUUACGCAUGCAGAGGCCACAUAUGGUCCAGACUGUGGAACAAUAUGACUUCUGCUACAGGGUGGUACAAGACUUUGUCGAAAUUUUCUCAGACUAUGCCAAUUUUAAAUGACGAGAUUUGCCUUAAACACACGGUUUUUAAUGUUGUUUUCUAAAGCCGGUUUUGUGUUUCUUUUAACCUCGGUCAAAUGAUCUUCUAUUUUGCUAUGCACUUGUCCAACAAUUAACUCCAAAACUCCAUCCUCGCUGUAAUAUAGUGUAUGUCAGUGAAUGAUAAAUUGUACAUGGAUAAAAAAAGAUAAAUAAUGUAUAUUUCACAUCUUGUAUGAUAAUUAUUUUGUCAUGGAAGUGUUGCAGA